CCCUCUCUUACACACUUGAGUUCACAGACUAUCGGCGCACCUCCACUGUAGAUUCCCAUCCACGGACCCUGUCCCUCCGAUAGUUGCCAGAGAUCAUGAGGGUUUAAAACGGGACUGUUUAACAGCUUUGGCUGCCUUCACUCGGGGAUAACAUGAGAUAUCCGCGACUAUGGCGCGUGCUGUGUCUGAUGACUGCAUGUUAUCAAAUGGGGAUGUCAAGCCGAUACGGCUGUCUGUUUGAGAAGAAGCUCUGCCCCAGUGACCAACCCUGCGUCGACGAUGGUCUGUUUGGGCAGUGCCAGUCUCCACAGCAGCAGCGUGUUAAGUACCAGGUCUCAGUGUCCGUGCUGCAUAGAUUGCAGGAGGUGCUCAAGGAACUCAUGAUGCAAGGUCUCACUUGGCAGGAUGACAUCACCCAGUAUGUGGUUGGUAGGGAGAUGAGUCGUGUUCCACAGCUCCGCCCCUCACCUGGACAACCGGACAAACCCAUGUCUCAGUCCUCCGAGGACCCCGGUAACGCUCUUUCUAGACUGCAGAACCCCAGCUCCAGGACCAAGGCUGAGGGAGGCCAGCCCAACCCAGACCUGAUGCAGAAAUACCUGGAUUACAUGAUCGUCGAUCCACCCCAAUCCUCUCUGCACAUGCAAACUCCCCUAAUGGACCCUUACUCCUACCGCCAGCAAAACUAUGGUUACCAGGAUGAAGAGGAGCGCUCCCUCAACUCCCUGGAGGGGGACAACUUCCACCGGUCGUCCUCCCGCUCCGGGGGCAAAGGGACACGCCCCCGGGACAGAGACCGCCAGAUGCUGCAGGACCUGGUCUCCCUGUACCUGUCCUCCCCCGCUCAGCCCGCCUCCCGCCACAGGGGGGCAGCACCUCUCUCUGCCUCGCCCUUCUACCAAGAACUGGACUUCCCUCUGGACUACACCGAGGACUACAUUUCCCAGGAAGUAGAAGUCAGCAAGCAGCGGCAGCAGCAGCAGAAGCAGGAGCCGAAGAAACCUCAGAAGGACUAUGGCUCUUUGUCUGGAUUCAGCGAGGACUCCCUGCAGAAGCUGGCUCUGCUUCUAAACCACUACGGUAUCAACAUGAAGGACUUGACUCCAGAACAGCUAGACAACCUGCCUGCAGCCCUCAAACAGCUUCAGAUGGAAAGCCCCAACAUAGAUAAGUACCGGAACAGUGAUGUCACAAGAAAGAAGAUCACUGAGGGGGCUAUGACACACAAGGUGGAGAAUGGCCCUGUCGGAGCCCCCGCCACCCCCCCGGUCCUGGGCCCUGGGCCUCCAGCCUCCCCAGCACACAAGGGGCCUACCACGGGCCCCUCUGCCCCCCAUGGCACUGAGGGCGCCAGUGUGAAAGAGAAGACAGCCACAGUCCCGGCGAGAGGAGAAAAACAGGGGCAGAAAGAACCAGGGGCCUCCCAAGGGCGGGACGAGUACGGAUACAUCGUCACAAACCAGAGCCCACUCAGUCUGUACGACGGGGUGCGUCUGCUGGAGCUCCUGGCGGAGAGGAUACACCUCUCCACUGGCUCUUUCAUCAACAUCAGUGUGGUGGGCCCCGCAUUGACCUUUCGAAUCCGACCAAACAAUCAGAACCUGAGUGCUGAGGAUGUGGCUGAUAAAGCUGUUGCAGAGAAGAACUUCCUGGAGUCCGAGACAAACUUGAAGAUUGUUCAGACAGGUGUUGGUGAGAGAAAUGAUGGACAGGGACUGCCUCAGGCCACCCGGGUCCAAGAGGGCUCCCGAGGAGUGUUCCUCACGCUGGUCAGCGUGGCCUGUGUGGGCGGCGUUCUUGUCGCUGCCGUGACGAUCACCUGCCUGCGUCACCACGCCCACCGCCUGGCCUCGGAGAAGCUGGGCUUGGGGCCGGAGGGAGGCAGUGUCACGCACCAGGAAUACCAGGACCUGUGUCGCCAGCAUAUGGCAUCCAAGGGAGCCUUCAGCCGUUUGGAGGGAGCUGGAGGAGCUGGAGGAGGUGGGGGAGGAGGAGGAGGGGCUGGAGGGGCCGGCUCUGCCGGAGGAGGUGGCGGCGGCGGCGCGCCGGGGGGAGGAGCUACGGACACCUCCCGGGUGAGCAGCGUGUCGUCCCAGUUCAGCGACGCGCCCCAGCCCAGCCCCAGCUCGCACAGUUCCACCCCCUCCUGGUGUGAGGAGCCAGCCCAGUCCAACAUGGACAUCUCCACCGGUCACAUGAUCCUAGCUUACAUGGAGGAUCAUCUGAAGAACAAGGACCGCCUGAUGAAGGAGUGGGAUGCGCUGUGCUCCUACCAGGCUGAGCCCAGCACGGUCUCCGUGGCCCAGAGCGAGGGCAACCUGAAGAAGAACCGCUGCCCAGAUUCCAUUCCCUAUGACCACUCCAGAGUGAAGCUGAAGGUUGAGACGAACCCCUCCAGGACUGACUACAUCAAUGCCAGUACUAUAAUUGAGCAUGACCCCCGGAUGCCGGCUUACAUCGCUACCCAGGGACCUCUGUCGCACACCAUCUCAGACUUCUGGCAGAUGGUGUGGGAGAAUGGGUGCACUGUGAUAGUUAUGAUGACUGCACUUGUCGAGGAUGGAGAGAAGCAGUGUGACCGUUACUGGCCCGAUGAGGGUUCGUCCCUGUACCACAUCUAUGAGGUGAAUCUGGUUUCGGAGCACAUCUGGUGUAACGACUUCCUGGUGCGUAGCUUCUACCUGAAGAACGUGCAGACCCAGGAAACGCGCACGCUCACCCAGUUCCACUUCCUCAGCUGGCCUGCUCAGGGCAUCCCCAACUCCACACGCCCUCUACUGGACUUCCGCAGAAAGGUGAAUAAGUGCUACCGAGGGCGAUCCUGCCCCAUCAUUGUGCACUGCAGUGAUGGUACUGGUCGGACCGGAACUUACAUCCUGAUUGAUAUGGUUCUGAACCGCAUGGCUAAGGGAGUGAAGGAGAUUGACAUUGCGGCUACACUGGAGCAUGUUCGUGACCAAAGACCGGGAAUGGUGCGCACCAAGGAUCAGUUUGAAUUUGCCCUGACGGCUGUUGCGGAAGAGGUGAAUGCGAUCCUGAAAGCCCUGCCCCAGUGAAACUAACUCGAUCCAGACCUGCUUGCCUGUACCUUACACUCCCAACUCAGUACACCUCCUUUGCACAUGGAAUUGUAUUUUAAAUCAUCAAUUGUGUCUUACCUUUCCUUAUGUCUAGAAACUGAUGACGAAUGACCCUGUGCUUCUAUCGUUUUAGAUGACGUCUGAUUUAUACUGCUGUCUGUGAUGAUACCAAUGGCCUAGAUUCCUCUUUCUCUCAUUUCCUUCUGAACAGUGUUGUUGAGAAUAGUUUGAAUUCUGGUUGGAGUAACUUGGAAGACUCUCAGUCCUUUAAGGAAAAAUGCUUUUACAUUAGUAUCAACAUUUAUAUCAAUUACCUACUGUAUGGGGCAAGCCACCACAAUGGUUCAAGACAAGGUGGAGAUGGAAGGGUUGCCAGUUAGCACUCUCUCUGACUCUUCCUGUCUCUUAGAGUGUGAUUGUUUACAUAAACGACUCUCAAAUUCAUCCCAUUCACUUUACUUGUUCUUUCAUUUGACUAACCCUUGAAAAAAUUACAAACCUUUGUGUCUACGUCUUCUCCUCAUGUGCCAUUGAGAUAAUUGUAAAAGAUUUAUGCGAUUACUGUUGUAUACCUCAAGCAAAUCAGAAAAACACAAAUAAAAAAUUUCAAAGUAUUAAAAUUGCCUAUUUUGUAACUGUAAUAUGAUUAAUAAACGUUUUCGUGUUAAGUG